CACCUUUUUUUUCUUCUUUUUUCUUUGGCUCCAAAGGACAAGCUUUGUUUUUGCGCCUUUCUCUCCCUCCCCAUUUCUCCUGCCCUACGCACAUCAAAACAGUCUGUAGUAAGCUCGAUACAAUGGCUGCGAUCGGCGUCGGCUCCAUGUUUGGCGGCAGCGGCAGCUCUGAGAGCCCUGUGCUCGGCCGUCAGAUUGCCGGCGUGUCGUUCGCCCUGUAUGAUCCCGAGGAAAUCCGCCGGCUGUCCGUCAAACGCAUUACAAACCCGACGCUGCUGGACAACCUCAACCACCCGACGCCCGGUGGUCUGUACGACCCGGAGCUUGGGCCGAUCGACUCGGACGCCACCUGCCGCACAUGCAACCUGGCCUCGACACACUGCCCCGGCCACGUCGGCCAUAUUGAGCUCGCGUUGCCAGUCUACAACCCGAUCUUCUUCAAGGACAUGUUCCAGCUGCUGCGCUGCAUUUGCUUGAACUGCGGUGCCUUCAAGGGCGUCCCAGUCACUCUGCGUCUCGCAGAGGUGCGCCUGCAACUGCUCGAGCAUGGCCUGCUCAUUCCCGCAAUGGACGCCGAGUUCCUUACGACACCGUCAGCGCAGUUCUCGCCGCAAGAGUAUGGCCGUCUUGCUGCGGAAGAGGCGUGCCGCGCCACCGUCUCCGGAACUGCCGGUACGGACGGUGCUGCCUCCCAAGCACGCAAGCAAAAGCUGCACAAUCGCCGCGAAGCCGUCGAAGUCAACACCCCCUUUGGCAUGGCCGUCGAUGGCGAAGAUGGCGAUGCUGGAGACGACGAUGCCGACGGUUCCAAGCGCGAGCGCAUGUCCACGCGCAUUCUUGCCCAGCUCGAUUCGUACCGUGAACACUGUCUCAAGCUGAUGGGCGUCAAGCCAAACCCUGCGUCGAGCACGGGCGUUGCUGCUCCCAAGAGCCGCUCGCUCAAGACCACCCACUCGGACGAGUACCGUCGCCGCGUCAUUCUCGACCUGCUCCGCGCCUGCGGUGCGUCCAAACGGUGCUCCGCCUGCGGUUGCCCCGCUCGCUCGCUCCGCAAGGAAGGUGCCGUCAAGAUUUUCGCGCAGCCCUUGAGCGAAAAGACGCUCGCCGUCUUCCGUCGCAAGCUCUCUACCGAGCAGCUUUUGGCCAUGAAGGGUGGCUUGUUCAGCACCGCUCCCGGCCACACGGCAAAAGCUACAGGCAAGAAGUCUUCUGCAUUGAUGAAGGAGCUUGCCUUUGACGCCGAGGCUGCUGCAUCAGCGGCCGGCAGCGACGAGGAAGACGAGGAAGCAGAAGACGAAAGCGAUCAGGAAGAAACCGAAGACAAGGCCGUCCCCUCGGCUCCGAUGAACCUCAACGGGUCUCGCGAGGUCAUCUACACUGGCGUCUUUGCUACAGAAAGCGAGUAUCUGCAUCCGCUGCAGGUGCGCGACCAUCUGUACAGCACUUGGCAGCGCGAGCCGCACCUCGUCAACCUGAUCUACGGCUCGUACUCGAGCAAGGCAGGAGUCGCCCUCACGCGCUCGGGCACGGCCAACUGCUUCUUCUUGGAUGUCGUGCCCGUGGCGCCGUCUCGCUUCCGCCCACCAGCACGCAUGCAAGACCAGCUGUUUGAAAACCCGCAAAACAUCUACCUGGGCAACAUCCUCCGUCAAUCGCUCCAGCUCAUCGAGUACCGCUCGGUGAAGGAGCGCCUGUUGGCUGGCGAGGACUUGGCCAGCAUUGACCAGGACGACGACCAAGCCGAAACCACCGGCACCGGCGGCCCCAAGAGCCGUGCGGGCGAUAUUGUGCGUUUGGUCAACACUUGGAUUGCCCUGCAGGGCGAGGUCAACAGUCUGAUGGACUCGACCCUCAACACGGCCGUCAAGGGUGGCAACCCCCCUGCCGGCAUUCGCCAAACACUUGAAAAGAAGGAGGGUUUGUUCCGCAAGCACAUGAUGGGCAAGCGUGUCAACUAUGCUGCGCGCUCGGUCAUCUCACCCGACGUGUACAUUGACUCUGCCGAAAUUGGCAUUCCCAUGGUGUUUGCCAAGAAGCUGACCUACCCCGAGCCCGUGACGCCCUGGAACUUUCAAGAGCUGCGCGAUGCGGUCAUCAACGGCCCCGAAGUGCACCCCGGCGCCACUCAUGUCCAGAAUGCCGAUGGCACCCUUUCAGCCCUUGCCAACAUGGACCAGGACAAGCGCACCGCGCUUGCCAACCUGCUGCUGACGCCCAGCUCGCAGUUGAUCUCGUCCACCACCUCGACGGCUGCUCAGGUCGCCGAGCUCGUUCAAGCCGCAUCCUCGGGCUUGUCUGCUGCGUCGUCGGGAGCAGCGCCAUCCUCCGCUGCCACCGCUUUGGCUGCCAACAAUGCUGCGCUGUCCGUGUCUGGCAAGAAGGUUUUCCGCCACGUCCGCAACGGCGAUGUUCUCCUUGUCAACCGCCAACCCACCCUGCACAAGCCGUCCAUCAUGGCCCACAUUGCCCGCAUUCUGCCUGGCGAGAAGACCCUUCGCCUGCACUAUUGCAACUGCAACACGUACAACGCCGACUUUGAUGGUGACGAAAUGAACGUGCAUUUGCCGCAGAGCGAGCUUCCCCGCGCUGAGGGCUACUUUAUUGCCAACGCCGAUAGCCAGUAUCUCGUGCCAACCUCUGGUCGACCAUUGCGAGGUCUCAUUCAAGAUCACGUCAUUGGCGGUGCCAAGAUGACGAUGCGCGACCGCUUCUUUGAGCAGUCCGAGUACAUGCAGCUCGUCUACGCCUGUCUCCCCGAAGGCGGCACGGCACGGCACGGUGGACACGGCGGCGUCGCGCUGUCCUCGUCGAGCACGACCGUUGCGGCGAUGGGCGUUGGCAAGCAGGCCAUCACCAUGCUGACCCCCUGCAUUAUCAAGCCCAAGGCGCUCUGGUCUGGAAAGCAAAUCAUUUCUACCUUGCUCAUCAACCUCACCCGCGGCCGUGUUCCGCUCAAUCUCAAGUCUGCCAGCAAAGUCCCCGCCUCGGCCUGGGGCAAGAAUAGCGAGGAAGGCGAUGUCAUCUUCCGCGACUCGCACAUGAUGACUGGUAUUCUCGACAAGAGUCAGUUUGGUGCUUCCGCGUUCGGUCUCGUGCACGCUUGCUACGAGCUCUACGGCGCUGACGUUGCCGGCCGUCUGCUCACUGCCUUCUCGCGCUUGUUUACCAUCUUCCUCCAAUACCACGGCUUCACCAUUGGCGUUGAGGACCUUGUUCUCACGCCUGACGCCGAUGCGGCGCGUGUGAAGCUGCUCCGCGCGGCUACCAACGUCGGAGCCGAGGAGACGGCGCGCUUUGUUGGCCAGGCCGACUCCUCCGACACUGAGCUGCUCAAGUCGAACGUUCUUCGUAUUUUCCGCAGCGACGAGCAGUCCGCUGCGCUCGACUCGGUGAUGAAGACGCGCUUGAACAAGCUGACGUCGGACGUCAUUUCGGCGUGUAUUCCGGACGGCCAGCGCGUUGCCUUCCCCGAGAACAACCUGUCCCUCAUGAUCAACUCUGGUGCGAAGGGCUCCAAGGUCAACCACUCGCAAAUCUCCAGCUUGCUUGGUCAGCAGGAACUCGAAGGUCGCCGUGUCCCCGUCAUGGUUUCGGGCAAAACGCUGCCAUCUUUCCAGGCUUUCGACGCCUCCGCACGAGCAGGCGGCUACGUUACCGAUCGCUUCCUGACUGGCAUUCGCCCGCAAGAGUACUUUUUCCACUGCAUGGCUGGUCGUGAGGGUUUGAUCGAUACGGCCGUCAAGACCAGUCGCUCGGGUUACCUGCAGCGCUGCUUGAUCAAGCAUCUCGAAGGUCUGCGCGUCAACUAUGACAUGACGGUGCGUGACAGCGAUGGCUCUGUCGUCCAGUUCCACUAUGGCGAGGAUUCGCUCGACCCCACCAAGACCAUCUUCCUCGACCAAUUCUCGUUCGUUGCGCAGAAUUACAACGCGCAGGAAGCCAAGCUCAACUCGCGCAAUGCCUUGUCCAUUCUCGAUUCGUCCAAGGGUCCACGCCGCAUGGCAAAGGCCCUCGAGAAGCCCGACCGGUACGCCCCAGUCUUGUCCCAAUUGCAUCCAGGUCUUCAUCUUGGCGCCGUUUCGGAAAAGUUUGCGCGGUCUCUGGAAGAGUACAUUGAAAAGAACCCCGACAAGCUGCUGCAAGCCGCAGAGGAAGAGACGGCCGUCGUCCCUGCCUCGUCCAAGAAGGGCAAGAAACACCAGGUCGCGCAGCCCAAGCGGCAAAAGGUGCCCGAGGCAUCGUUGCGCGCCCUCAUGUACACCAAAUACGUUAAUAGUCUUGUUGAACCGGGCGAAGCUGUUGGUGUGGUCGCAGGCCAGUCCAUCGGCGAGCCGUCCACCCAAAUGACGCUCAACACGUUCCACUUUGCGGGCCUCGGUGCCAUGAACGUCACGCUCGGUAUCCCCCGUUUGCGAGAAAUUCUCAUGACUGCCAGUCCCCACAUCAAGACACCGCACAUGACCCUCCCCCUGCGAGCAUCUCCUCACGCCAAGGCGCAAGCAAACGCCCUGAAACAGGCGCUGAGUCGUGUCGCCCUCGGCGACGUUCUGCAGGGCGCCAUUGUGAACGAAAGCAUCACCCGUCGCUCUCCCAAGAACGGCAACACGCGCUUCCGUCGCUAUGUCGUCAAGCUCGAGUUUAUCGACCCCCAGGUCUGCCAGUCCGAGUUUAGCGUGUCGUCCAAUGCGCUCUUGAACGCCAUGAGCUCUGCAUUUGCAAACAAGUUUGGCAAGGUCGUCAAGAAGGCCAUCACCACCAAGUCUCGCAACCUUGCUGAUAUGGUUGGCAAGGCGAUGAAGGAAGUUGACGAAGGCCAAUCUUCCAAGGCUGGCGCCAGCGCCACCGAUGGCGACGCCGAUGGGCCCUUGGAUGUCGAGCUUGGCCGCCAAGACGACGCCGACAACAACGACGACGGCGCCAACGACGAGGCAAGCGGCGAGUCGAGUGAUGAGGAGGACGAAACGCCUCGCUCAAAGUCCAAGCGCGCCGAGACCGAAGACGGCACCAGCGGCAGCCGCAACAGCAAGGCCCGCGAGAUGGUCACCUAUGACGAACAAGAGGGUGGCAACGAUGGCAGCGACAGCGACAGCGACGACGCCUCCGACAACGAAGGCGAGGAGGGCGAAGCCAAGCAGAUCGCCUCGUCCAUCACCACUCGAGAGGAGCGCGCCCGCCGUGCCACCAAGGAGUCUGAGGGCUACAUGACCGAGUUUACCUAUGACGAAGGUGGCCGCUGGGUUCAAUUCACCAUGGAGUUGUCUUUGCACGUCAAGAAGCUCUUGUUGGUCUCGCUGAUUGAGCGUGUGGCUAAGAACACGCUUAUUCGAUCUGUUCGUGGCAUCACUCGUUGCUUCAUCAAGGACGAUGCUGCAGCCACGCCUGUCCUGGCCACGGAAGGUGUCAACUUGCAAGAGAUGUGGAAGCACGCCAACAUUCUCGAUGUGAACAACAUCUUGACCAACGACAUUCACGCCAUUAAAAACACUUAUGGUGUCGAAGCUGCGCGCCGUGUCAUUACGAAUGAAAUCUCACAAGUUUUCCAAGUUUACGGCAUCGGUGUCGACCCACGACAUUUGUCAUUGAUUGGUGACUAUAUGACUUUCGAGGGCGGUUAUCGACCUUUUAACCGCAUUGGUAUCGAGUCCAAUGUUUCUCCCUUCCUCAAGAUGAGCUUUGAGACGACAGUCCACUUCUUGCGGCAAUCCAGCGUCUACGGUGACUAUGAGGCCGUCGAAUCCCCUUCAUCUCGUCUUGUUGUGGGCCGUGUAUCUGGCGUGGGCACGGGCUCGUUCGAGUUGCUUCAUCCUUUGGUCGCACGCGGUUGAUUUCGGUUGUUGCUGCUUUGUCUUGGUAUCAAUUUCAACACAACUUUCAUGUACUCUAC